UCCCGAUUUAUUAUUGCAAAUGUUUGCGGUGACGAGCACGGAGAAGCUCGGGAUCAACGAUGAGCGUUUUAAAUCUGCAAUAACGAUCUCUAAGGCUAAGAAUGUCGAAUGCAGGAAAGAUUAUUGUUGCGAUGAUGAAAACGAUCCCAAAAUAUUGCAUCUUGUGCGAGUUAAAGGAUUUCCACGACUAUUGCCCGAAGGCAUCCUCGCUUUGACUAACUAUUGUCGAUGGCUUCGCGAAUUAUCUUUAUCGUAUGCCUUGCUGAGCGAUGAGCUGCUCUUAGCAUUAUGUUCGAUGAAGCAAAUCCACUUGGAAACUCUGCGAAUAGAAGCAUAUCCAGAAGCGAAACCUUUUCCACUUGUUAGCGACAAAGCAUGGUCCGCAUUUUCAAAUCAUUUGCCUGAUAUAAAUCUUGCGCUACUAUCUUACAUGACCGACGACGAUAAUAAAAAAUUACUUUUUACGUCGCACAUCCCCGUAACACAUUUGUAUCUCGGCGACGCAACAUCUGAGUCGAUGUCACGCAUAAGCAAGCAAUGUCCACGAUUGAUAGAAUUAGUUAUCGCCACAUAUGAAUCUGGUCCGAUCGAUCGUUUCCUGAUUUCCAUGGCCAAGAGUUGCUCGCACCUUAGCGCCGUCAGUUUGGGCGAUUGUGAAAUCACUUGUUCCGGGUUAGCGAAAUUCGUUGCGUUGUGCGCACAUCGUCUGCAGGUAUUGUACGUUUCGGAAACAUCAUUGAUAGAAGAUGCGGACUUUGAUAUUGCUAAAGUGUCGACAAACUUAUCCUCACUCCUUGGUCGGACGUGGGUACCAGAAUAUGUACCAUUGUGGUAAUCUCCUGAGAAGUGAAAAAGAGGUUUCAACAAAAUUUACAGCCAUAACAGGAUACAUAACGAAAUAAAAUAUUCACGACGUACUUUUCUAUUUUUUUCAUAAAUUACAUAACUUACAAAGAUUUUGCAAUGUCGAACAAAAAAUUCAACAUAUUCACUUUUAUGUUUAUAAUGCUUAUAAUAUUUGCAGUAAAAAGCUGUUGAAUAGUAUUACUAAAAAUCUGAAAUAGUCUCGAUAUUUCACGUGCAAUAUUGUUUUAUAUAUUAAAUUAGCAGUAUAUCGCAGAAAUUAAUUGAUCGUUGCUGUUGAUACCAAAAAAUAGAAACUUUAUUAGAUUGUAAUAGUAUUUUUUAGAUGUAAUAUAUAUAUAAAAUAAUGUAACGUUACUAGUACUUGUCUACCAUCGUCGCGUAUAGUAGACCCGUAUAAUAUUCAAUAUCCAUCAUAUGUAAUAUUAUGAUAAUGAGUAACAGUCUGUAUAUACAUUAUUUCUACAUUAUAAUAUAAUAAAUGAUCGGGCAUUUAACAUUACAAUGUCCAACAUUAACAGAAACAUCACUUUUCUA